AUGUCUUUCAACCGCCAGCUGCUCAGCUCCCGCUGCUACAACCCCUGUGAGGUGACCUGCCCUCAGCCAUACGCCAAUGCCUGGAACGAGCCCUGCGUCACGUCCUGCGGUGACUCCAGAGCCGUGGUCUACCCACCCCCAGUGGUCAUCACCUUCCCAGGACCCAUCCUCAGCUCCUGCCCCCAGGAGAGCUACGUGGGCACCUCAGAGCCGCUCCAGAUCGGCAGCUCCUUUGUCUCCAGGGGCUCUGUUGGGUCCGGGAGCUCCUUAGGAUGCCUGUCCCCUUACUAUUCCCAGCGGUACAAUAAGUACCGCUAUGACAACUGCGGGUCCUGUUAA